AUGGAUAACACAGAUUUAAAAAUUUUAAUUGAUGAUUUAGUAUUUAAUCAAAAUUUUCUUGAUUAUUAUGAUUUAAAAGCAUAUCUCCAAAAAUAUAAUAAAAAUAUAACGGGUGAUGAUAUGGAUUAUUAUUAUUCGUAUUAUAAAAAUGAAAUUUUGAAAUAUCAUGAUAAAAUAAUUUCUAAAAUUAAAGACAAAAUUAAAAAUAAUGAAUAUACAAAGGGAAAAACUAAAUCACAGCUUAAACAGUUGAAAGAUUUCAAAAAUAAAGUAUUAACAGAAGAAGAUAUUGAUGAAUUAUAUAAAUUAUAUAAUCCCGAGCCGCAAAAGCCAAAGGAACAAAAACAAAUGGUACAAAACGCCCAGGUCCUUCAGACCAUAAAUGAUGCACAAGCUUUAAUUUAUGAUUCAUUAGUUAAACCAUAUUCAGCCCGACUUUUAAAUGAAGAUCAACUUUUGGAAUUCAUCCUUCAACAUAAACUCGAAGCGGGAAAGUAUAUCAAACCUUUAUAUACAGCAUAUUUAAAACAAAUGAAUAGAAUACAUCCAGAAUUAAUGAAAGGAGGAAUGAAAUCCAAAAUCAAAGCAGAUAAAAUUAAACCACUUACAACACCAAAACCUCCAACAGUAGUACCUCCUCCUUCAGUUAAUCCUUCAUCAUUCACUUUAUUAUAUCCAUUUCAAACAUUAAAGAAGCAAAAAGAUUUUAAAAAGGAUUUCAAGAUAUUAAAUAAACCAAUUGACCCAAAAAUUCAACCGUUAAAGGAAAAAUUUAGUCGCCCUUCAUUUGCACUAUAUCCAUAUUCAUACGAAAUCGAUCAUCUGG